AUGUCUCGGCAGGCUGUGGGUUGGCUGAGUUCCAAGCUUGGUAUCAACAUUGACGGUCGCACGGAAACCGAGGAAAAGACAGAUUCUGCCUUUUUCCCCUCCCAUGGAUUUUCCAGCGCUGCCAUGAAGAUUGACAUGUGUCUGCACAAAAUCAACGACGCCGUGUUUGGCCGCGAUAGCGAUUCCGGUGCUGGCGGUGAGAGUAAUUUUAUUGGCAGUAGCAGCGGUGUCGGUGUGACCAGCGGUGGCGAAGAGGUGGAGCUGGAUGAGAAUGGCCUGCCCAUCACAAAGAAUUGGUACUACUUUGACAAGGAGCUAAACCGUUGGAAUGUGAGCCCGGAGGCACCCGCGUCGAUCAAAGAGGAGUACGAGCGUAGACUGAAGGAGGACGAGGACGAACGGGAGGGGCGGAAUUUCGUUCCGCCGCCACCUCUUCCGCCCCCACCCGCACCGCCCCUACAACCUUUCGUAGGGGAGCAUCCUUCCAUCUAUCCGAGGGGUGGCCUUUUCCCCACUGGGGCACCGCCGCCGCCGCAGCAGCAGCAGCAGCAAAAUCAGCAGCACGGUACUCAUCCGCAGGGAUUGUUUGGUAUCCAAUCCUCCAUGGGAACUCCGCACCACCGACCGCAGUACGCCAUGCCUAAAUACUUUGACUUGAGCACGUCUGCGCCUCACAUUCCGACAACAAACCUUACCACACCGCAUAUUUCCACGUAUGUGCAUCCACAGCCACAAACACAAGAACACCAGCAUCAGGGACAACAGCUUCAUCCCCAUCAACCACAGCCGAACCAAGAGUCUUAUCAGCAACCAGGGGUACAAACACAAUUUAUUCGACAACAACAGGAUGAUCCCUAUCAACAGCAUGAACAAAGACAAACGUAUAAACAACAGCAUCCUCUACAUCCGCAGGUCCCACUCUCCCCACCAACAUCAGGUUACGAUAAAGGAGAGCCCAACCAACUUUUUCAUCAUUCAUUUCAGAACUCGGUGCCGGGCCAUCCAAGAGGGUACCCUUACUGA